AUGUACACAUUUAAUCCUCAAUAUGCACAAGAAGAUAUUUCUUAUAUUUUUAAUCGACGUGCUGCAACUAUUACUGAAGAAUAUUGGCUUGCUUCGACAACAAAUGAUUGGAAAACAGCAACAUUGAAACUGAUAAAAACUGAUCAGAAUGGUGAAAUUCGAACUUAUCAACGAGGUAGUGAUUAUGAUGCUGCUAAGUAUCCUGAUCUACAAAUGCCUUUGGCGAUCAAAUUUUUGCAACGGGACAAUCAUUAG